AUGGGAUAUAAUAGAGGUGCUGCACAAUGUGAUGUGAAUCGCCCCUCGACGAUUCAUACAGUAAAAUCGAAAUCGUUGGAAAAACAGAAGGUGAUGAACUAUGUGGAUGGGUUCUUGGAUGCAUACGAUAACAUUAUAUCGUCUUGUGCAGUGUCUGGAGACUCUAAACAAACCGUGAAUGGAUAUUUAGGACCAAAGUCAAUUAAGAUUAGUCAAUUGAAAAGACUUCAGAGGGAAUUGAGAGGACUUCCUCCAGUGAUAAUGGAUGAACAGACUAUCAAUAACUCUGUGGAGUCAGUACCAUCGGUUCGUAAGAAUAAGAAAAUCAUCUUUGAUGAUGAUACGCCGAAGUAUGUUCCUGAUGAAGAAGAUAAUGAUCAACCCGAGAAAAUGGGUGACUCUGGUAAGGAUUCCGGUAGGGAUUCCAGUGACGAUUCUAGUAAGGACAGUGACGAUUCUAGUAAGGACAGCGACGAUUCUGAUAAGGAUACUAAUGACGAUUCUGACGAUGAGUCUAACGACGAUUCUAACGACGAUAUUUUAUUGUCGAAGAGAAAGGCUGAAGAAGAUGGCCAUAGAAAACAUAAGAAGCAUCAUCAUAAGCACAAGAGUAAGAAGGCUGAUCACGAUGAUACAGAAUGA